AGCCGCAAUCAGUUUUUGGCAAUGACUUUUACGUAACCUUUAUUUAUGCAGUUAAAAAAAUCUCAUUACCAUUAAAAAUGUCUUUUGUAAGAGUAAGCUGGCCAACAGGACAGCAGAAACGGCAGCAAAUAUUACAAUAGUUCAGUAAAAAUAUUUUAAGUGAGGAUAAAGGACCGGAUUGGUUAUAAUGUAAGUACAAUAACACAGUUGUAAAGAUACUUGAAAAACAGAUAAUUUUUUAAUUCUAUAUAUAACCCCUUUGUAAACCGUGUUCGCCGAAGUCUGUUUACGAACAUAAGUAAAGAUAUUGCACAGAAAAAAUACACAGAAACAUUGGAAAUCAGUUUUUGGCACAACACCGUGCUCCAUCAGAACUAUGUCAGGGUGGCGCUCCGUGAUGCUGAGCACUGAUCACUGCAGGUGGGACAUGACUGUUAUAUGUAUUAAUGUAAUGGGACUUCCGAGCUGUCACUUCUAGAAGAACACGAAGUCCGUGCUCCACUGUCCUCAUCGCCCAUCUGUCAUCUCAUACCAAACACAACAUCGCACACAGUCUUGAACCCACAGCAGUAAACAGGAACCAUGUCAUCGCUGUAGCCGGGGAGCAAUUUAGCCGACGCACGGUUUCCAUGGAAACCGCUUACCUCGCAGGGGAAUAAGCCAAAAAGUUCACGCCAGCUGUGACAUGGUGACUGCAUGAAGACCAGGCCUGCAGAAUAAAAGAUCGUGGAGAUGAGCUGAAACAGAUGGAGAACAAAUUACAGGUGGAGUGAGACUACCACAAUAAGAAGCUUCACACAGAGCAGCCACAAAUGUGGACUCAGUGGGACGAGUAUGUCAGGCAGGUGUCCAGUGAAAUGGUCCUGAAAGACACACAAAUCAUCAGCCUGCAGGAGAGAGAAACCACACUAAGGACUGAGCUGGAGCGGAGCAGGAAACAGACUGAAAGGUACAAACAGCAUCUGAGAGCUGGCCUCAACAGAGAGAAAGUCUUGGAGAAGAACAGCGUGCAGAUGGAGCUGGAAUGGCAGCGACGCUUUGAAGAUGUAAAGGCGGACUACUACCUUGCAAAUGAGCAGCUAAUACAAGACCUGAUCGAGGCCAGAGACCAGGCUAAAGCUGAGCUGAUGGAGAGAGAGCAGCAGCUGCAUGAUCUGACCGUCUUGCUCCAGUCCACUAGCAGGGAGCAAGAUCAGGCUGUACAGGGUCUCACUCCAAAGGUGGAUUCUCUGGCAUCGGUGGAGAUCCGGCGUCUACAGGAGCAGAACAGCGCCCUGCGUGCUGUGGUUACCCAGAUGAGAAAGGACAUGGAAGGUCUCGGCCAUCUCCUAGUCUUACCUAAUGCUGAGGCACCAGUGCAACCUCCGUAUCAGGAAUCUUCAGCCUCCAAAGGCAACACAGCAGACUCCCGUCAGCCUCUGGAGCAGGAGGUGCACCUGUCAGGUAAGCACCUCGAGGAGCAGCGAGGAGGUGUCACAGGACUGUCAGGCCUGGUUUCAGCCAUGGAGGACCCACAACACAUCGAUCCAGGCAGAUCACAGCCUGAAAAUCAAGCUGGUGGUUCGUGUCUGGAUGAACGUGGCAGGUGCCCCGCUGUGACACGUGUGGAGUCAGCUUCCAAUGACAUCACACAGCAGAGAACACUGGUGCAGCAGCUCCAAGGAGACAGCAAGUAUGUGAAACAAGCUCUGAUGUGUGGCGUGUUUAAGAGCGUCCAUCCUGCUAAAAAUGACCCCCAGCUCCUUCGCGUCAGGCUGAAGCAGGCAGCGUCCUGCAUCGCCCGUUUGAGCAGAGAGAAACAGCAGCUGAUAGCGCUGGGCAACCGCCUCCGUGCCCAGAUCGCCGCCGACGGACGGCAGGCACCGGGGGGGCUGGAGAAGGACACCCCCACAGAGAAACUAGGAGACCACCAUGGCCGCCUUUCUGCUGUGGAACAGCUGCAGUACCAGCUCACCACUCAGGAGCUGCAAUAUGCACUGAUGCAGAGAGCUUCUGCUGCUGCUGAACAGCACAUCCCACCAACAAAGAGCCAGGCUUUCUUCAAAGGGACUGCAAACACUUGCCAUGGGCUCAAACCCAGAGACAUGUCUGAGACACGCUCACAGCUGCACUUGUCCAGGACUGUGUCGCAUGAAUCGCUGUGCUCAUUAACGAUGCUGUGGGACACUCUGGAUCGUGGACUUACGGACUCAGAAGGUGAACGUGGGCUCAGGAGCAGACAGUCUGGUGGCUCUGGAGUCCAGAUGAUGGUGCAUGGUAGUGGUGUGAUUCCCAGCCAGCCCCAGACUGAGGUCCAGCAAAGCAGGAGCCAGUCUAAAACACUGCCAAGCACUACCAAGACCAACAGACCUGCAGUCCCUGCCAGGAUCAGCAAGAUCAGAAACUACAAUGUUAAAGACUGAGAUGGAUGUUGAGGACAAGCCCAGACCAGAGCUCCCAGCAGCUGGCACACUGGGAGUAACACACGAGCAUCACGGACAACACAACAAAGAGAGAAGAGUGGGACAAGGAAGGGAACGAGACUCUGAUGGAUGUAAUAAAGACAAUCAGACAGAAAACAACAGCAAACACACACCAGCAAAGGAGGAAACAGGCCACAAACACAAGAACACUCACAGUAAACAUGAACACAAAGACAAAAACACUGCAGGACAGAGACAAUCGAGACAGAGACAGGACGGAUAAGAAACACUCAAGGGACCAAAAACCUGAAACUGGAGCUGAACCACACAGUCCAUCAAACUGAGCAGGAAGCAGAACUCGAAUAACACAACAGGACAACUAUGACUGACCGACAAUGAAGCUAUACAACAAACAGGUUACUGGAUAAGAUGUGAUUGUUUUCAUGCACAUAUGCACCACAGCAGAAGGAGAAAACAAACCCUGACCAGCAAAAACCUGAACAGAAAUCAAACGUGUUGAACACACGUGAGAGUUUCAGGGAGGAAUAUUCAUGAUUUUAAGGAGCGUUACACCCUUAUUGCUGCGCUCUCACACACUCUGUCAGAUCCAAUAACUGAAGAAACUACAGAGACACAGAACACACAGGAGCAUACAGCACGAGGCCUUAAACACACACGAGGGUACGAGGCAGAGUGGACACCACGGGGGACACAGCUGGACAGAGUCACAGUAAGGGACUGUCAAAAUAAAACAGGAAACGUAACACUGACACAGACACAAAGACGGACGAACCAUGGACAAAAAGGUAAAGACACAUGGAGACACGUGGAGGAAACUAAUAAACCUGAAGCUAAACUAGAGUCACAAAAGUGAACUAACAGAAUCCACAGAAAGACAAAGAACCAACCUGAGGAGCAUGAGGAAGUAACACUGAUCAGUGGGUUAGAACUCUAACAUAAAUUCACGUACUCGUGAAUAAAUCCUUUAUAAAGUUAAAAUGUGUCCCCAUCAUUGUUCCAGUCUUGUUGUCCUUCAGUACAUCUUCAUGUCCUUCUAGUGGGAGGUUUCAGGUUUUGUCCUGUCGUGUGUAAUUCUCUCUGGUGUUCAUCCGUCUCUGUGCACACGAGGACAGUCGCACACAAACACUGUUGCAGCCGACCACGGUGGCUUCCACGCGAGCAGCUUCAAAACAUGCUUCAUCCCCGAGAAAGUAUCUGCUUUACCACAGAGAUCAGCUGGGUCAUCAGCGUACACUGUGGGUGUGAAUCAGAGCAGACAGUGGUGUGUCUGCGACAGAAACAAUCACUGACAGGUUUGCAUGUAAAUAAAGCAACUUGCUUUGGUGAACUCUAAACACUCUGUCUUCAUGGUUUAACAGACACAUGAUCAAAUCUACAGGCAGCUUCUUUCUAAAACACGAGCAGCUGCUGCUGUUUCUCCUCAGGUUCAGAAACCCACUCCUGUUACAUGUUGUUGUGGAGAAACAGGAAGUGCAUUUCUCCCCUGGAAUAGAGAUUUUAUAAGUGCUGGAGACCAUAUUUCAUAUGCUCCAUAUGAUAUCAGCUGUCACCCUGCCACAUUUCCUCUCACCUCUCAGUAAACCUUUGUCAGUCCGUCCUUUUAUUCCUGAUAUUCCCAGAUACCAAACAGGUGAUACACACUGCUAAUUUUGUACACUGACCCACUGUGUGUUGUUUGGGACUGUCCCCUUCACUUUCAUUAUAUUAUCGUAGUAUCUGUGGAAAACCUGGGAAACGCUGAUCUGUGAAAUACAAGUGUGGGCAUGCACAAAGUGUUUCGACACAAAGUGAACCAUCAUCAGGACAUCAUGUGUGGCAGCACUGGUAUAGGGACACACAGGUGAAUGCUGGGUGACAGCGAGACACACCUGAACUCUGAGUGCUUUGUAUCACGCUCACUGCCUGCAGCACUCACAUGGAUGCAGAUUCAGCUUGAGUGUUUUGCCCAAGGGCACUUUGUCAUGCAGCCCUGAGGAUCCACAGACAGGCUUUACUGUGGGGUAUGACAUGAAGUUAUUUCAGACAACACAAGCUGUACCUGAGCUAUCAUCCAUCCACAGAUCUACAUCGUGGUGAAUGCACCUAUUUUUAUAUAGCAGUCACACACUCACACAAGCACUUUCUUCUGUUUUUUUCUCACAUUCACACACUCCGAUGGAUGUGUGAGUAAAUCUUGCCUGAGGAUAUUUGGCAAGCAGACUGGAUCAGCAGGGACCGAAGCACACGCUCCAGUGUGAGACCUGCCCUGGCUUCUGAGGCUCCAGGUGGGACACACAGGUCACGGUGUGGCUGCUUUGGUGAGCUGUGUGCUUUGUGUAGAUGAGUGUGAUUGUUGUGGUCCAUUACAGGACACUUCACCUCAGCUGAGGAGCCAAAGUCCCGAUGAGCUGGAUGGAGCUGAUGAGUACUGACCAUAGGUGGAGCUGGAGGUCAGCAGCUCCUUACACCAUCAUGCGACUGAACCCUGAACUCCAGUAACCCUGACAAGUCACGCGAGCUCUCCUGGCUACGUCACAGUUGGGUCCCGCCCUUUAAUCACCCUAUCUCAACAGUGGCUGCAGGUCUGCAGCGAUUGGACGAAGCCUCACAUCCUCGCUCCGUGAUUGGCCAGCUUCGCCUGUCAUCCAGAAGUUGCCGGCUGCACCUUCGCAUCGUCAGCUGCGGUGUAACGUUGAGCAGCUCUGCGCGUGCACGUCCCGCAGACACAGACGCUCCCUCGCCCCGUGCACGCUAUCAGUACCCCCCACCUCCCUCCGUGACCGUCGUAGGAGGAUGACUAGAGUUUAUCGCGUCCCAUCUGCCGGCUGCUCUCGUCGCGCCGCUGCCGGUUGACCGUUAGUAACCCCGGCUCUUUUUUCUGCGCGCAUCCACACAGUUGCUCCAUCACUGGCUGGAUCGCAGAGCCCUGCCUCUCCUCUCAUUGGACUGCUGAGCCAAGCGGUUGUCAGCCCAUGUGGCGUGGGCAGGCAGAGUGUGACACAUUUAAGUUCAUCAGAGAAAAAAGCGUGAAUGAAGCGCGGAGGCUAACGGAGGCUCUCACACCCACGGCGGCUGAAGACUCGACACAUGACCGAGCGUGCUGAGCGGCUCAGCCUCACGUUUUACCGGAACAUCCGUCGGUUCGGCUCAGACAG